GACAUUCAUCUCAUAAUCAUAGCCAGCAGCUUCAUCUAUACAUCACUAGAGCGAUGUACUCUCUUGACUUGAAGACACGUGCUAUCGUUUUGUGGCUAGUAGCAGCCGCCCUAGUGAUAGCCACCCCGGUCUUAUCAAUCGAUGAAGAAGCUACCUCGGCACUCAGUCGCAACGAAGCACUGAAUAGUCAACUGGACAUUCUUGCAUCUAACGGCAAUGGAGAAAGUGAUAACGAAGCGAUAUUUGGCAGUGGGAGUGGAGAGAUGGACCCACUAUCCAACACGGGUGAACUCUUGGAAAAUCCAGAAUAUUUUGAAGGUGAUCUCAACAUUCCACGAGAACAGUUUAUGGAAGCAUAUCAUCCACCAACAGAAAAUGUGCGAGAAAAACGUGGAGCUAUUAAUGAGAAGAGAUGGCCUGGUGGGAUAAUCAACUAUAACUUUCAUUGGAGUGUCAGUUCAUCUCUUAGAAGCAAGAUUAUAAGUGCAAUCACUGUUUAUGAAAGAGAAACAUGUUUACUGUUCAGAAGAACAGGUGUUGCUAACCGCAUUCAAUUCACGGCUCAAGGUAGCGGUUGUUCCUCUGAUUCUAUUGGUAGGAAAGGCGGAAUACAAACUAUAACUUUGCCAGGAAGGUGCAACUCAGAGCACGUCAUUAUACAUGAGAUUGGACAUGCUAUUGGACUAUGGCACGAACAGAGCAGGCCUGACAGAGAUCGUCAUGUGAAUAUACACUUGGAAAACGUACAAAGUGGAAAAAGUCACAACUUCAAAAAACGCCAGAACGUCGACUAUCAGGGAGAACCCUAUGAUUACCGAUCAAUCAUGCACUAUACUGAUACUGCCUUUAGUAAAAAUGGACGUAAAACAAUUACUCCUAAAGAAUCAUCAAAUUCAAUAGCACCUAGUUCAAGUCUCAGCAGCAGUGAUAUUAAGCAGAUAAACAGAAUUUAUAACUGCCCUGAGGCAAGCCCUGGUUAUAAAGGUACACUGAAGGUGAGGAUGAUACAAGCAUGGAAUCUACCAGAUACUGACGGGUGGUGGAAUGAUCCGGACCCCUAUGCCGUUGUUGUGGCUGUGGAUAAGACAAACUAUCGCCGCGAAAAGCGCACUGGAGUUAAAAGUGGCACUACCAAUCCACAGUGGAACCAGGAACUAGACUUUGGAAAUAGAAAUGAGGGAUGGCGCUACUUCACUAUCACAAUAUAUGAUAGUGACAACGGUGGAGAUGAUAAGAUGGUUGGCACACAGACUAUUUGGGUAUACCCUAGUUGUUCUACUCACACGAGGAGGUUUUGCUACAGUCUCACACGAUGUGUUGACUACAGCUACAGACUUGAAGAUGUAAAUAACUGCAACCCAAAUCCCUGUGUAAGAGGAACUUGUCAAGACAGGUUUUGUGACUACUAUUGUAGCUGCCCAAGAAACUACUCUGGAAAGAGAUGCGAUCGGUACAAUCCACCUCGACCUCCUCGACCUCCUUCCUCUGGCGGUACACGACCUAUUCCUUAACACAUUAAGUGUUUGGACUGAAUUCUCUAGCGGUCAAGACAAAGGCACAAUAAUUGUGACCAGUUAGUAUUCCUUUAGCAUAUACUACUAUACUUACAUAUUAACAUGCAGCAAACACACAAUGUCCUGAAAUUAUGAUGUGAACAGUAUGCUCAAACAGUUUAGCUUGCUUUUGA